CGUUUAUUAAUUAUUAUUUUAUAACGUGUUUUUAAUAUAGCAAUAGUGUGUAGCGUGUCAAAGCGCUGCACCAUUGCGUUUUUAAUCUCAGCGUGGUCCCCCUAGAAUUGAAUAAUAAAAUGGCAUGGUACGUUCCAACAAGGACAUCAACUGGGUGGUAAAGUCAAACCAAAGAGUAAAUACACCGGACAUAAACAGCACCAAAAAUACAUUUAGCAUGGAGGACUCAGGUCGAGGAGCCAGCUACACAGUGCCCUGUGACGACUACGUCCAUGUGGUGGAGUUCAGCCCCUUUGACAGUGGCUCAGCUGCGUCCCUCCUGGCCUAUGGAGGAAACCAGUAUGUGGUGGUUGGCACCUGUCGCUUCCAGGAGGAGGACAUGGAGGUAGAGGGGGUUGAAUUCACCACACUGCGUGUUUUCCAUCAUGCGUUACGUGUGGAUUGCCUCGCAUGGAGCCCUGAGUCUCGGCUGGACAAGCUGCCCCAACUCAUCAGAUUUUGCACUGCUGCAGCAGACAGAAAAGUGAGGCUGUUGACUUCUGAUCUUCAGAAUCAACAUGAAGUCAAGGUGAUGGAGGGUCACACCAGCUACAUCAACCACUUAGUGUUCGAACCCACGGAGGGGAAACAAAUGGCUUCGGUCAGCGAUGACCAUACAUGCAGGGUGUGGGACCUGGAGGGGAAUGAAACCACUACAUUUAGACUACGCUCCCCUGGCGUCAGUGUGUGCUGGCAUCCUGAAGAUGCCUUCAAGCUGAUGGUGGCCGAGAAGAAAGGGACGAUACGCUUCUAUGACCUGGUUACCCAGCAGGCCAUUCUUUCUCUGGAUUGCGGCCAGUCGCCGCUCAUGUCGGCUGACUGGUGCCUCACCAAUACCAUCAAGGUGGGCGCGGUGACGGGCAGCGAUUGGGUCAUCUGGGAUAUUACCCGCUCCAGUUACCCACAAGAGAAGAGGCCUGCCCAUGUAGAACGAGCAGGAAACUUCAGGUGGUCUCGGGUCAAUGAGAAUCUCUUCUCCACAACAGGAUGUCCAGGCAAGAUCAGCAGUCAGUUACUAGUACAUCACCUGGGUCACCCACAGCCCGUGAUGAUUGGAUCAGCCACGGUGGGGGCAGGUCUAAGCUGGCACAGGUCCCUCCCACUCUGUGUCAUUGGUGGUGACCGAAAGCUCUCUUUUUGGAUGACAGAAAUGUAAUGCAGUCACUCCCUAUGGACAUAUGGGAGGCAAUGCAAAUUUACAUUGAAACUGUUUGACAUGAGGUGUGGUUGGAUAUUUCUAUUUUCAUAAUUUUUCAAUAAAGUAUUUCAUUUUCCA